GGAGCCAGGAUAUUUAAACCCCACGAACACACCGUAGCCGAAUUAAGCCAUUAUCAGAGAUGGCCAGCACCGGGGCUGAGCGCGAAGAACCUCACCUUCCCCGGGACGAACCGAGACAUCCCGAGCCUGCAUUCAGAGAGGCGCAGAAGUGGAUCGAGGAGGUGACGGGAAAAAGUUUCGGUGAGAAGGACUUCCGGAGCGGCCUGGAGAACGGGAUCCUGCUCUGCGAGUUACUGUGUUCCAUCAGACCAGGUUUGGUCCAGAAAAUCAACAGACUACCUUCGCCCAUCGCUGGACUGGUCAGUACCACUAAAUCAAAUGGAUUUACAAACACUUUUCUACAUCAGCAGAUGUCACAAAGUGCUGUACAGAAACCCAGCCUAAAACCACAAACACCAAGCAAUGCAGGUGUAGAAGCACAGAGGCUAGGAAAGACUCCCUAG